AUGUUCUCCAAGAUUGCAUCUCUUCUCGCUCUUGUGGCCAGUGCCAACGCACAUGGCUAUCUCUCUUCCCCUAUGAGCAGGACUGGUUUGAAUGCUCAAUCUGGCGCUGAUACAUGCCCGGAAUGUACCAUCCUCGAACCUGUUACAGCAUGGCCUGACCUUGACGCCGCAGCGGUGGGUCGCUCAGGUCCUUGCGGAUACAACGCCCGCGUGUCCGUCGAUUACAAUCAGCCCGGUCCUCGCUGGGGUUCGCAACCCGUCAUCACCUACAAGUCCGGUGAUGUCGUCGAUGUACAAUGGUGCCUCGAUGCCAAUGGUGACCAUGGUGGCAUGUUCAGCUACCGCAUCUGCCAGAAUCAGGCUCUCGUCGACAAAUUUCUGACACCGGGUUAUCUUCCUACGGAAGCGGAGAAGCAGGCUGCUGAAGACUGCUUCGAGGCUGGUGAGCUGAAGUGCACUGAUGUUGCUGGGCAGACGUGCGGUUACAACUCUGACUGUCAAGAGGGUCAGCCUUGCUGGAGGAACGACUGGUUCACAUGCGGUGGCUUCAAUGAUGGCUCAAAAUGCAGGAGCGUCGACAACGCACCACUCAAUUCGUGCUACACCAGCAUCGCAGGCGGAUACACAGUCAGCUCGAAGAUCAAGAUCCCCAACUACUCAAGCAACCACACGCUGCUGUCGUUCAAGUGGAACUCGUUCCAAACACCGCAGGUCUACCUGACUUGCGCAGACAUCAAGAUUACUGGCAGUGGCUCGGGCGGCUCAACCCCACCAGCUUCGAGCAAGGCUCCCGCGUCUUCAACGAAGGCGACUUCAACCUCGACGGCGGCACCUACUGGCUGCGCAUCGCCUGUAACCACAGUAGCUGUGACGUUCAACUCGAAGACCACAACAUCGUUCGGCCAGACUGUCAAGAUCGUUGGUUCGAUUGCCCAGCUCGGCAGCUGGAACGCAGCGUCUGCGCCUGCGCUAUCUGCGAGCCAAUACACCACCGCAAACCCGCUUUGGUCGACAAAAAUCAACCUUCCGGCUGGUGUCAGCUUCGAAUACAAGUUCAUCAAGGUCGAGAGCAGUGGUACGGUGACCUACGAGUCAGGUGCUCACCGCGUGUAUACCGUGCCGAAGGGGUGUUCGAGCGCGGCCACCGUUGCUAGCACGUGGAAGUAG